GUAACGUGCGCACGUUGCAGCAUGUCCCCGUGAUCCUUUCAGCACGCGCAAUUUCCGCCAUUAUUUGAAUAUUUUGCAUCAGUGAAGAGGUCUCUUGGCACUUUCCUUGGAUUUUUAAAUUGUCACUCGUCUUUUUUUCUAGCGAUGGAAUUUCAAGUAGGCAUGGAACCAAUGACGCUUGGCUCACCUACCUCCCCGAAGUCCGGACCAGGCGCCCAGUUUUUACCCGGGUUUCUGAUGGGCGACCUGCCAGCACCUGUCACACCCCAGCCUCGCACUUUUGGGCUCAGCGGAGGUGGAACCGAGACGAGAUCCCCUCUCGCAGGCGCCUCUCCCCCUCAGCCUGUGGUCCCUACUCCUAAAGACAAGAGUGGCGCACCUCCAGUCAGAAGUAUAUAUGACGAUCUAGCCAGCCCAGGAGUUGGAAUGUCCCCUCUAAGUUCACGCAAACAACCAUUUUCUGUCUUACAUACUCCUUUGGCAGGUUAUCCAGGAACCCCUGGGUCAGCCGCUAGUAUGUUUAGUCCAGUCAGCGUAAACCAACAGAGGAUGAGCACAUUUUCUCCAGCACAGAUCGACCCCUUUUUCACUCAAGGUGAUGCGCUUUCAUCUGAGGACCAACUUGAUGACACGUGGAUCACUGUAUUUGGGUUUCCUCCAGCCUCUGCUUCUUACAUCCUUUUACAGUUUGCACAGUAUGGGAACAUUCUGAAACACGUGAUGUCGAACACAGGCAACUGGAUGCACAUUCAGUAUCAGUCCAAACUACAAGCAAGGAAAGCACUCAGCAAAGAUGGAAAGGUUUAUGGAGAGGCAAUUAUGAUUGGUGUCAAACCUUGUAUUGAUAAGAAUGUGAUGGAGGGUUCUGCUGAGAGAGGCAGCUCCUCUAGCUCCGUGUUCGGCACCCCGGCGAAGGCCAACGGCACCCCCUCCCGCCCCGUCUCUACCCCCCGCUCUGCCAUGAGGCCCCUCAGUGCUGCCUACAAGGCCUCCAGCAGUGAUUACCAGGUUGUUGCGGACCGACAGACCCCAAGAAAAGAUGACAGUAUUGUGUCCAAAGCCAUGGAGUACAUGUUUGGUUGGUGAGUGUUGCCCUUCUGUGCAGGACUUUAGGCAAAAGGGUAAACCACCGCCACCGCCAGCCUUCAGUGCUCUAGUUCAGGGCCUGAGGCUGGGCAGCAGGACAUGAGGACUACACAAUAUGUGGGGGAAGCAAAAGCACUUUAUCAGGUGAAUGACUUCAAACAAGUUUCCAGGUUUUGGGUUCACAAUACUCUCAGCGGAAAUACACCGUCUUCAGGGGUUGGGAUGCAGCAAAGCUCUCGAUUAUGUCUUAGAACUGUCAACAACAACAACAACAAAAAAGAGUCUGCUAUGGUGUAUUUAAAAGAUCUGUUUGCUUGAAGUUUGCACCACUGCAGGGCUGUCUUAAGUCUAUUAGUUAAUUAUGCACUAGCAGUUCUGUGCUUCUGCUGUAUUUCAGCUUCUUGAAAAUGUAAGAGCCUUCAUUUCUUUGGCCUGAAGUAGUGCUCAACAUAUCCAGUCUUUUCACGCACAAAUUAAAUCAGGGUGCUAGAUUUUAACAGCGCACAAACUCAGUGAUGAAACAUACCUACAUAGCCAUAGAUAGGGUUGAAUUUGGUUGAGUUGGCCUGAUGUGAUUAAGUGAUUUGUGAGUUUUAAGUAGCCAUAACGGUUUUGGUUUUGAGUCAGUUGAACCCGAACCAUUGAUCAGCUUUCUAAAUGACUAUCCUUCUGGAGAUCCAAGCCUUACACUGAAGACAUUUUGAAGGGGCUUUCAUUUGUUCAUAAGGAAAUAUGUGGUGGUGUUUUAGAUCAUAGGGUUUGAUAUGAACACGUUUUUUAUAUAUACAUAGCAAAAGACAAAAUCAUUUUUUUAAAGGAUGUGUGCUGGUUAAAAGAAAAAAAAUCCUUGUACAGAGAGUGUGUGUGUAUUCCUUCCCUUUGUUGUUUGUUUGAAGUCGUCUUCAUUCAAAGAAAGACAGUAUCCAGUGUGUCCAAGACCCUUGACCCCUAUCCAUAUUGUUCACUAUCUGCCUUUGUAUUGCUGUUUUUCCAAAUACUUCAUUUGCUUUGUUUUUCUUUUCUUUUUUUCCUUCUUUUUUUGUCAUAAUAAACAGGAUAUUGUUUUCUCUGA